AUGUCAUCAUCUACCCAAGAUCAGCCUCGCCCCCGCAAGCGACAUCGCAUUGCCGAGUCUUGCAAGCUCUGUCGAUCUAAAAAGACUCGAUGCGACGGCCGGCGCCCGACGUGUUCAUCUUGCCAGUCCAAAAACACGGCCUGCGAGUACAAUGAACCCAAUGUCGUGCUAUCCAGCGAUAUUCUGUCCAAGAUGGCAGAUCUUGAAGCGCGGGUACAGGCGUUAGAGAGUCUGCCAAGCAAUUUUACAGGUUCAUUCCACGUUGCUACAGGUACUCCCUCUCCGCUGCCGCGUCAUGGUAAUGCCCGGUCGUCGAUCGUGGACAAUCCAACACUGCGGUUUAUCUCAUCUGUCACCCAAACUGCACCUACGGGAGGCAGCGAUAUACAAACUCAGCCAGGCAAUCCAAAUGAUCGUGCUACUUCAUUCGCCGGUAUGAACAUGAGUCAAGUCGUUUUACCCUCAAGAGAGGUUGCAGAUGACUUUAUCGAAUGUUAUGAAAGAUUGGUGUACCCUAUGUUUCCUGUGCUGCACAUGCCGAGCUUCAAAGCGAGAUACCUUCGUGUCUGGGAGUCACCAUCUAAUGACCAGGCUCUGGAUACUACCUUUGCAGCAAGUUUAAACAUCGUUUUUGCUUUAGGCUGCCUCAACAGCUCAAAUACAGAACCAAGUCUCAUAUUAUCAACAGCCGAAACCUUUUACGAACGCAGUCGUAGCAUCCUUCCACUCGAUUCACUUGACAGACCAAGUAUCGAGGUUGUCCAGUAUCUUCUUUUGACAGGCAAUUAUUUAAGCUUCACAAAAUACUCACACCGAUAUUGCAACACGUUGGCGAUGGCGAUACAGGUCGCACAGACGAUAGACUUGCAUCGGGCUGAUCAUGAUACAACGAGCCAAUUACAGCGCGAGAUGGGGAGACGAGUUUGGCAUUUAUGCUUGACAAUGCAAAGUGUACUGAUUCAUGAUAAUACAUGUCCAUUACCUCAGAUGAUAGAUGACGAAUAUCUCCUUGAAGAAGGAGAGGGCUGUCAGCCGGCGGCAACGCCCUCAUUGUUGGAUGCCUUGGCAGUGUCUAUGAAGAUUUUCGAUGUUGUAGCUGGAGUUCGUGAAGUCAAUGCUGCCUCGUUCUCUAAGGCACUACAGAUGCCGGAACUGAUGAAGAUACUUCAGCUUAACGAACGUCUUACUGAGAUCGAAGACAACCUUCCAGAGCAUCUGAAGUAUAAGAGCGGGCAGGCAGCAAGUUCCGCAAGGGAAAAGGUUAUCCACUACCAGGCUGAGGUAGUGAAUUUAAGGUGGCUGCUCUAUGUCAGAUUACUAGUCCUGCGCACAAAUCUCCUUCCAGCAGCCCGUCAGGUGUUGGCACGUCAAUAUCCAAGCACCUCACCGUCACGCCUCGAACACGCAGUUCGCAAAGAAGCAUGGCACAUCUGCAUACAGAGUGCGGUAACUUCACUGGACAUCCUACACACAAACCUGCAGUCGUCUUCAAAGGUCAUAAGCAUCCAUGCCAUGUUUGUCACCCUCUCGGCGACGACAGUACUAAUAGCAUCAUCUGCUCUGCCUAGAGAUCCAGCAGAUCCCCCUCCGUCGCAUGCAGACUCUAUUACAAAAGCCUUUGAGAUUCUCGAUGCACAUCAGUGGCGUGCGGAAGGCGUUUCAGAAACUCGAACAAAGCUGUGCAAGUUCCUCCAAACAGUCGAAAAUGAAAAUAGGGACCCAGAAUACGAACAGGGGCCUUAUGACCCUCUUGGGGGUCAAAGUGACGGCCACUUGAGGUUGCCUGAGCAAGCAGGUCUUUUCGACAAUAUCGAUCUUGGUGGGGACCUUUGGAUACCCCAACUUGAUGGCUUGUUGUACUUAUAG